AUGAUAGAUGGGAGAGCUCGGCCUAUGCUGCCAACUGAUCUGCAGCGGUGCAGAAGGAGAUUUCAAAAGCAGGGCAAGCGAGAGCGACUGUUCUAUUGAUGGUCAAAGGGAGGGCUUGGCAAGAGAGAUUGAGGGAGCUCUACUACCUCGAUCUUGGCAUAGAACCUGAUGGCAUCAUGCCCAGGAAACUUCCUUCUUCAGUAUGUAUGGGGAUUUAUAUGACACCAAAAGAGAAGUCCGGCGUGUUUCUUGGUUCUAUGGAACCCCUCGACCGGAAGCAAAUAGAUCACAUCGCAAGUUGCUUGCCCAAUAUAAUCGUGCCGCAAGUUACCAACAUCGCGUGCUUAUACACCAUCGACUUUGCUGGAAAUCUAUCUGUCCGUGCUCCACCGUCUGUCGGAACUUCUUCUGCCCAUGCUACACCUGAGGUACAUACUACAGUCUCAUCAAUUAAUAAUACCCAAUUGCUUGUCUGUUGCCCCAUCCGACCGACCGCAAAGGGGUGAGUUUUCUUCAUCCCA